CGGCUGGACUCCAAUUAAACUAUUGAACCUCAAACUCCUUAAUUGACUGACUUAAUGAUUUAAACCGGUUUGACAAACUUGUGUGCAUCUCAAACUCAACACCUUUGGGAAAUACCGCAACCGGAGGUAACAUAUUGAGCGUGGUAUGUGGGAUGCAAUGCAUAAAAAAUAUCUAUCUAACUUGACUUGUUGUUUAUGUCGGGGAAGCAACAUUAUUUACAAGUGUGAUUUCGUCUGUUGCCUAACCAAAGUUUCUCCCAUUAAAAACAAAAGCAUUGGCAGCUGCAAUGAUUCAGUUUUGGAAAACCCAGUUUCCCGCGUAGGAUCCACACACUUACCGAACCUUCCAAUUUGACUUGCAAUUUCUAACCACAAAUCAUGUUUGUUUCAUUUGUUUUCUUCCAUCCCCUAUUCAUUUUCGCUAACCAACUCGCAUUUUGUGAAAGCUUGAAACCUAACUAUCUAGAGCUGCUAGAAGUAGAGGUGGGCACGUGGGUGGUUAAUUCGCGGAUUGAUAUCGAUCCACUCGCAAAUAACCCGACCCGCAUGUAACGGGUGAUGGAUGUGGGUGGAUUGCGGAUUGCUAAAUCUCUCACCCCGCACUUAUGUGGGUGGAUGGUGGGUGGAUUGCGAGUCACUCAUAUGACCCGCAUCCUAUUUUUACAUGAAAAAAUAUUGUCUAUAAAAUAUAUGAAGCAUAUUCAUGAGUCAGAUUUUCUCUAUUUUGAAUUUGCUGAUCAGGGAUUAAUUUUCGGAAGGGUGAUUUAGUCAUUUCACUCGGUUACAUUAAAUCAUGCGCAUCGUUUUGUCCAUGGAAAAAAGUUGUUGUCGCACGCCAACAGGCUCUGGCCCAAACUCCGCCGGCCCAUUUGGCCCAAACUCCACCUUCUUCCUCUGCCGACAACGACCAUCAACCCCCUCUGCCGACAUUGACCUGGUUAGCUAUGUACAAAACAUACCUUCAGCUCUACAAUCCUCGCCGGCGGUGGCUAACGAAUACAGUAGGAAGGAGCUCAGGUCACCGCCUUCUUCCCCAUCUUUACCCAAUCUCCAUCUAAUUUGCUUUCAGAUUCCUCAAUAAAGCCAUUCCCUCUGAUACAAUCUAAAAAUGGAAGGUCCCACAUUGAUGAAGCAAGCUGUCGGUAGGAAACACGGGUGAUGCUGGAAUCGAAGUGAGAAGAGAAAUAGAGUCAGUUGUUGCAUGCUCGCAAUUGUCCGGAUCUUCUUUGAUUUCUCCUCAAAUAACCCUUUGGCCAGAAGAAAGAUUUAGUGGAGGGAUUAUAGGCAUGAAUCAAAUGACAAGGACCGGAAUUUCUUCAUAUCUUAUUGGGGUUAAUUGCAUGGUUGGUCACUAGGUUUACAAAAAACGUUCAUGUUUGGUCACUAGAAAUAUUUAAAUCCAAUCUUGGUCACUCAAAUUAGUUAAAUGGUUCAAGUUUGGUCACUCUCCGUUACCUUCCGUUAGUUUCCAUUAACACCGUCAGUUUUUUGCUGACAUGGCUAACGGAAACGCCUAAUUAGCAAAUUUUGACCUAAAAAAAUUAAAGCAAAACCCUCCACAUCAGCAAAUCCCUCCAUAUCAGUUUCCCGAACCCAAUGCUUGACCCGACUCCACUCCCCAACCCAGCCCUUGACCCGACUCUUCCCCACCCCAUAAUCACCAUCUUCCAAGAUUGAAGCCAGUGAAAGUCUGCACCUUUCUAUCUUCCCCAACCCAAUCUUCUUCCCCAUAUGUUCAUCGUUUCCAUCAAAUUCAAUUUAACAACCUUAUCCUAUUGCAUUCAUCAAAACAAAUAAACAAUAAACAGUUUCAUUAUUCAUCCCAUUUCCCAUCUACCCAAUCGGCAAAUCCCUAAUCUAAUCUGUUACACUGACCGGCGACGAGCGAUGGAGCUGGGAUUCCUCCAACGGGCGACGACGACCGGGUUGAAUUGAGAAGGGGACAACGGCUUGACGAUGAGUGGCGGAGCGGGGAUGACGAAUCGACGAGCAGGAUGGCGACUGGAAAGAAGACGGCGAGGCGACAGCGAGGCGGGCGACGUGAGGCGAUGGCUACCGGCGACGUGAGGCGACGGCUACCGGCGACGGAGACGACUAGACAAGCGGCUGAGGCGGUCAAGCAGAGCAAAGUUGUGGAAGCAGAGAAGAGGGACGAAGACGAUGGUGCCUGCCGCCUGGUGAGAUUUUCGAGAUGGACUCGCGCAGCUAGGGUUGGGACUUGGAACUCUUGGCCUCUCUUGGGUAUUACCAAUCCAAUCCAUCUUCCAAGAUCUGUUAAUUCUGGAUUUGAUGGAAACGAUGAACAUAUAGGAGAAGAAGAUUGGGUUGGGGAAGAAGGAGAUGUGUAGACAUUUAUUGGCUUCAAUCUUGGAAGAUGGCGAUUAUGGGUUGGGGAAGAGUCGGGUCAAGGGCUGGGUUGGGAGUGUAGUCGGGUCAAGCGGUGGGUUGAGGAAAACUAACGUGGAGGGAUUUGCUUAUGUGGAGGGUUUUUCUUUAAUUUUUUUAGGUCAAAAUUUGCUGAUUAGGCGUUUCCGUUAGCCAUGUCAGCAAAUAACUGACGGUGUUAACG